AUGGACGACGUCACUGAGUUUCCGGCAUUAGCGCAAGCAAAGAGGCUCUUUCUCCGUCGUAAAUAUGCCGCACGACAGCAUGAAACAGGACUACACCAACAAAUCAAACUACCUCAAGGUGAUGAAAAUAUGAGUUCGAAAAACCCAAGAAGCGCUCAAACCAACCAGCAAAAGCAAACUCGAAUUGAUUCUGAUUUUGGAAGUCGAUAUUCUACAACCCUAGAAUCCAUCUUCUCGGAUGUCGAUCAACAUUUGCAGUUCAUUAGCAGCAACUUGGUGCAAAUUAACACAAUGGAAAAGCAGUUGUCACUACGGCUCAUUUAUCGAUUCGUCGCCAUCGCACUCGAAGCCGCAUGA